UUUAGCCUUUCCAGUAGUUGCUUUAAUUGUCUGUUCUUUUUUUAAUAGGAAUUGCAGUAGGAUGAAAGGGAAUUCUUACUGAUGGAGCACUGUUGAGAAUAUUUGGGACUCGUGAGAAAGAUUUUUGAAAGCUUGAGCCACGUCACGCUGGAAUCAUGUUAAACAAGCCCUUGCUGGUGGAAUCCCUGAUUGUGUUCAUCGCUGUUCUGUGUGUGCACACGGUGGUGUGGGACCGACAUUCCUGGUGUGCUAUCGCUCUUGCUGUCCAGGCUUUCUAUGUCCAAUUCAAGUGGGACCGUCUGCUCCAGCUGGGUGGAGCUGUGUUCCAGUUCCGUACAACAGCCAACAGUGGCCUCCUCCCAGCUAGCAUGGUCGUCCCCUUGUUGGGGAUAGUGAUGAAGGAGAGAUGCAAGUCUGCUGGCAUUGUAUUCUUCGAACGUUUUGGCAUAGUUGUAGCCUCCACUGGCAUGCUGGUUGCUCUCUUUCUGUCUGUAAUAGCAGUUGGCAUCACAAAACCUGUGCCAACCAACACUUGCAUACUUACUGGCAUUGCUGGCAGUAUAAUAAUCUAUACCAUGAAGCACUCUUUGACAGUUUCAGAAGUGAUAGAGGUCCUAGAAGUGCUGCUAAUUUUUGUCUACCUCAGUAUGAUCUUGCUCUACUUGUUGCCUCGAUGUUUUACUCCUGGAGAAGCGUUAUUAGUUAUUGAGGGUAUAAGUUUUGUGCUCAAUCAGCUCAUUAAGCGUUCACUGAACGUAGUGGAGAGCAGAGGUGACCCCAUAGACUUUUUCCUUCUGGUGACAGUUGUCGGAGUUGUUCUGCUUGGGAUUAUUUUCACUGUUCUCUUCCUUUUCAUGGAUUCGGGUACCUGGAUCUCCUCCAUGUUCUUCCACAUGAUGACAGCUGUGUUAGGCCUAGGGGUCAUCAUGCCUUGGCUUUACCGGCUGAUCCAGAGGAAUCCUUUGUUCUGGCUACUCCAGUUUCUAUUUCAGACGCAGACAAGAGUUUACCUCCUUGUGUAUUGGACCAUGUUGGCUGCUUCAGCAUGCGCCGUGGUUUUCUACCAGAAUGCUAAAAGAUCAUCUGAGUCUAAGAAACACCAGGCUUCAACCAUAACCAGGAAAUGUUUCCAUUUCAUUGUGGUAGCUACUUACGUCCCUGGGCUGAUCUACGACCGCCAGCUUCUCUACGUUGCUGCAGUGUUGUGUCUGGCAGUGUUUAUCUUCCUGGAAUACAUUCGGUAUUUCAGGAUCAAACCCUUUGGCCAAACCCUUAGGCAUUUGCUGUCUCUCUUCUUGGAUGAAAGAGACAGUGGACCUCUAAUCUUGACUCAUAUUUAUCUUCUUCUUGGCAUGUCCCUUCCAGUGUGGUUGUUUCCAAGACCUUGUGCUCCUAAAGGUACCUUGUCUGGGGCAGGAGCUCUGGUCCCCUACUCUGGGGUGCUGGCAGUAGGGGUAGGAGACACUAUGGCUUCAGUUUUGGGCAGCACAAUGGGGGAAAUCAAAUGGCCAGGAACAAAGAAGACCUUUGAAGGGACAAUGAUGGCUAUUUUUGCUCAGAUCAUUGCUGUGGCUCUAAUUCUCAUCUUUGACAGCAGUGUGAAUCUGAACUCCAGUUAUGCCUGGAUUCUGGGGUCUGUGAGCUUAGUUUCUCUUUUGGAAGCUUAUACGACGCAAAUAGAUAACCUGUUGUUGCCUCUCUACCUCCAAAUAAUGUUAAUGGCUUAGAAGCAUUUCCAGAAACAAAGGUUUCUCCCUUUUUAGUGAAAAAUGGGAA